AACAAAAAAAAUGUAACAACAAAAAUAUAUUUCGAUCAAAGUCUCUGCAUAGAAGAAGACUUCACUCCCUCAUUUCUCACACACAACACACGCUACCAUCAGACUUCGGAAAUUCUCUCUCUUCCCGCGCGUAAUCUAUUGCUCCUCUGAAAUGUCUAAUAAGCAUACUAUUAUUCUGAUGCAAACAUCCCAACACAGAGCAACCCGCACGUUCAUGGACUACGAGUCGAUCACCCAAGCAAUGGAUGGAAUCUGCGGGCUAUAUGAACGAAAACUGAAGGAGCUUAAUCCAGCCAUAAGAAAUAUCACAUACGAUAUCUCGGAUCUCUACAAUUUCAUUGAUGGCCUUGCUGAUUUGAGUGCAUUAGUCUACGACCACUCCAUUCAGGCUUACCUUCCGUACGACCGACAAUGGAUCAAGCAGAAAACACUGCAGCACUUGAAGAAACUGGCUCAGUGAUCAUCAAAGAUGUCGCGUAAUCGCUACUUGGGUAUUGCAAUGACUGGCGAAGUGUGAUAUGUUUUGGUUCAGCUGGACCAUCCACCAUUCUAGAAUUCUGAAAUUUGGAACUUUUGUGUAUUGAGUAUCCCAUCUCAUGUAUCCUUAUUUUGUUGUUUUGGUGAUUUUGGUUUAGCCAAAAUUGUGUCAAGCAUUUUACAAGUAAGUGUAUUUUGUCACUUUUUAUCGGCUUGGAAAAAAUUGCUCUUGUGGCCUUGCCCAAAUAUUGAUUCGUAUAUGAUUAAUGCCUAUGUUUGCAUA